UUUUUCAAAUUUACUAGGAGCUAAACGCUGUGAUGUUGGUCAAGAUCACGGUCUAAAGAUGAUCAUCGACAUAAGCAUAUCCGAGAGAAGAAAUUCAAUGAUAUGCAGAAACAAUUGGAUAACCUAACAAAGGUCGUUGAGGCGCUGGUUCACGUUCAAAAAGAACAGAAACCAGCAAAUCAGUCUACAGAAAUCGAGACUGAUGAUACUGAGAUAUUUGACGUCGAGGAGAAUAAGGAAAAUAACCCAAAUUCGAAAAAAGACUCAAAUACUGAGGUAAUCGAUAGAUGUAUCCAGCAGAAUCAAUCGACGGAGGAUAUUUAUGAGGAGUCGACAUUAAAAGAUAAUGUCUUGAAAGUAUUGGGAGUGGACUUAAAUGAAUCUAAAUUCAAAGAGGUUAAGUAUCGUCCAGAAUUGAAAAAUCAUGGUCAAAGUGGAUAAAAGAAGGUCUCCCAGAGAAAAACAAAAAAGAAAUUAUGGAACUUUACAAUCGUAAAAGAGAGCUAUAUACAGAAGCACCUAAAAUGAAUUUAGAAAUUGUCCCACUCCUCU